CGGAUGAUGGCGGGUGCCGGGGAAGACGCGCGAGCUCUCUUUAGCGUUGGCGUCCACGCAGCGCUAGACGCCUGGCCCGCUUUACAGAUCGCGGUGGAGAAUGGUUUCGGGGGAGUGCACAGCCAGGAGAAGGCCGAGUGGCUAGGGGGUGCAGUAGUAGAUUACUUCAUCUCAAAUGCUGACUUGCAGCUAGAUGAAGUGGAAGAUUUCCUUGGAGAGCUGAUGACCAAUGAGUUUGACACGGUUGUGGAGGAUGGGAGCCUGCCCCAGGUGAGCCAGCAGCUGCAGACCAUGUUCCACCAUUUUCAGAGGGGUGAUGAGGCUGCUCUGAGGGAGAUGGCCUCUCACAUCACCCAAAAAAAGUGCAAAGUCACAGCCACUGCACAUAGGGGAGUCAGAGAGACCGAUGAGCAUGAAGAUGAUGUGGACAGCGUGGAAGAGAUGGAGGUCACAGAUACGACUGAUGGGGCUGCUACAGCUGGGGUCUGCUCUCAGCCUGAACCAUCUGAACCAAAUACCCAGACUAUUAAAGAAGAGGAUAUAGUGGAAGAUGGUUGGACCAUUGUCCGGAGGAAGAAAUGAGUGGGGCUGGAAAUG